UUACAGAUCACGAGGAUGAUAUGGUUGUCGCAGUUUCCUGAUUUUCGGCUGAAGCGAAGUAACUCGGUCGCCAUGAAGGUGUCUGUAAAAACUUCGGCGAAAAAAAGCGUCAUGCGGAAAAAGAAAUCCAAGGAUGUUCCGCUUGUCGAGAAAGUGUCCUUUCCGCGUGUGUCGUCGAAGACUGCGAAUAUCGAGCCCGGACGUCCGGUCAACAAGGCCCACUUGUCCAAGAACAAGAAGAAAUCCAUGCGGCGGGUGAAUGUGGACGACGUCGAGUUUUAUGGCGGUCACGACGUGCAAAACCUGCAAAAGGUCUUGAACUUCUUGUUCAGAGCACAGCUUGGGCGACUGGCGUUACGGUAUGUGAAGACUGAUGAAGAGCGCGUUGCGAAAGCGCCCUGGAAAAGGCAGUUGGAUGAGAGGAAGCGUUUGAGAGCCAUGAGGAGUCUGGAAGACAGGGACGCCACGUGGAUGGCGAAAGCCAAUGCCUUGGACGUUGAGCCGUAUGACGUUUGGUCGAAGGAAGACGACUUUGGAUUCGAUGACCACGAAUUGGUGACUCAUAAUUUCGUGGACUGCACCAAGAAGAAGAUCGUGCCGUAUACCGGAUUUCUUAGGCCACAUGCCAUGGCUAUCAUGAGGGUUCUCUACAACGAACUUUUCCGCUCCUUGAAUUUUUAUCUAGAGGCAGUCAACGUGUAUUACGAUACCUCAUGCGAAAAAACAAUCCCGUUCGUUGUUGGGGACGUAUUUCUCAUGCAGAAGUGCAUGGACGUGUUCCAGCUGAUACCAAAGCCACCACGAAGCAUCCACAAGAACCUGACGAUGAUCCCAAAGGUGGAAACCCCGCAUCCAGGAAUGUCGUAUAACCCGUCAAUCAAAGAUCAUUCUGCUCUCCUUGAAACCGCUGCGGAAAUUGAGAUACGAAAGGAACGCGAAGAAGAAAAGUGGCACAAGAAGACUUAUGGAAUGUUCCCUAAAACUGCCCCUACUGAACAGGACAAGCUCAUGGAAAUGUCUGAAGGGUUGUUUGUAGAAGACGAGGAAGAAGAAGAAAAAGAAACUGCACCAGAAGAGAAGAAGGAAGAUGAACCCGUUGCCGAAACAACGAUUGACGAGGAAGGGGAAAUGGUUUACAAAGCGCCCAUUAGAGCGGAAGAUAAAAAGACCAAGACGAAGAGGAAUAAAGAGAGAAAUAUCAGGGCCAAGGCUCGAGAAGCUGCUGUGAAAAAAGCUCUGCAAGCGAAGGAAAGCGCAGUUUUGCGCUUGAAACAGAUCCGCAAGGAAAUCAAGACCAAGGAGAAGGAAAUCCAGUCAAACAUUGUCAAGAGGCGACUAAAAACGAGACAGAAGGAACUUUUCGGCACGAAAAAGUUAAGCAAGACUCCGUUUGAAGACGCAGAUUUGCCAGUGAAGUUUGUGGAAGAAGUGAGCGGCUCCUUGCGCCAGCUGAGACCAGAGGGACACCUUCUGGUUGACCGCUUCAAGAGCCUGCAGAAGCGCAAUGUGAUUGAGACACGUGUGCGUGAGAAACCUGGCAGGCGGAAGAUCAAGCGGUUCUUGUCCAGAGAUCACCGCAAAUUUGCCCAACAGCAAGACAUUGACCAGAAAUUGGUAUUCAAGAAGUUGAAGUGGCAUAGAUAGUGGUCACAAUUAAUUUUUGUUUUACAUCAACUUUUCUUGAUUUCUGCUUCUGGAAAAAUGAAUACGACGUGAACGGAAAA